AUGACAGAAAAGAAGACAGACGCUUCUUUUGUCGCUCCCAUACCAUCGGAUACCUCAUACGAAGAUGUCGAACCCAACGGCUUCGAUGCAGUCGCUACCAAGAAGCUUCUCCGCAAACUGGACUGGCAUCUUAUACCAUUCAUGUCGCUCAUUUACCUCUUGUGCUUUUUAGACCGCACCAACAUCGGCAACGCUCGCCUCGACCACCUCGAACAAGAUCUCAAGCUACACGGCCUACAGUACAAUGAUUGUCUCGCCGUCCUCUUCCCCUUCUACAUCGCCGCCGAGAUACCAUCGAAUAUCAUGAUGAAACGGACCCGGCCGUCUAUCUGGCUGACAUUCAUCAUGUUCUUCUGGUCACUAGCGAUGAUACUGCAAGGUUUUGUGAAGAACUAUUCGGGGCUAAUGGCUACACGAGUCUUUCUGGGGGUGUUUGAAGGAGGACUGUUCCCGGGUGUCAACUACUAUAUCUCGCAAUGGUAUGUGAGAGACGAGUGCGGCUUCCGCAUGGCUCUCUUCUUCUCCGCUGCAACGCUCGCCGGAGCCUUUGGCGGCGUCCUAGCCCGUGGUAUCGCCGAGAUGUCCGGUGUUGGUGGAAAAGCAGCAUGGGCAUGGAUAUUCAUCCUAGAAGGCCUCCUCAGCAUCCUCGUCUCAACAAUAGCAUACUGGUGUAUAUACGACUACCCCGAAACCGCCCGCUUCCUCACCCCCAAAGAACGCACAGAAGUCCAACGCCGCCUCCACGCAGACCACGGCCACCUCUCCAACGACUUCGAUAUGAAAUACGUCUACCAAGCCCUCACAGACUGGAAGAUAUACAUCUUCAUGCUAAUCUGCAUGGCGGGCUUCUGUCCCAUCUACUCUUUCGCCCUGUUCCUGCCUACCAUCAUCAAGAACAUGGGCUACACUGCCAACGACGCCCAACUCAUGUCCGUCCCGCCAUACGUCUGCGCGUGCUUCUUCACCAUUGCUGCGAGCUGGUAUGCGGAUCGCGUGAAGAAACGGGGUGUCUUCUUGAUGGGCUUUCAGGUCGUGGCUAUUGCGGGCUUUGCUAUGCUUGCUGCGACGGGGAGGCCCAGUAUACAAUAUGCGGGUACGGUGCUUGCGGCUAUUGGGAUUUAUCCGCAGAUUCCGUUGGGUAUGGCGUGGAAUAGUGGGAAUAUUGGCGGCAGCUUGAAGAGGGGGACGGGUAUUGCUAUGCAGAACGCGAGACGCGAUAAGAUUGCCCUGGAAGCUGGGGCGCAGGAGUUGACCGAGGAACAGAAGCUGCUGGAACGCGAGCUUGCCGAUGACGUGCCAUGGUUUCGAUAUACCACCUAG